GAUCAGUUGAGGCUAAACUCCGAUCAUGAUAAUGUCAUGAAAAAAGAGGGACCGUAUACCGUAUUUGAAAAGCAUAGGUACGCAACCAUUCUAAGUCUUUGGAAUUGAUGACAGGCUUGAGUCUUUAGCAAGUGUGUCCGUGUCGCAAAAGCAAGAUGGAAAUAAAGUGCGAGACCAUGAAGGCCAACGACCCCAACCAGGAAGCCGCUGCCCCGCAGCUACCAAAACAGCCACGACGUGUGAAGGUGCGUUUUACGACAGCAGCUGAUGAGCUGCUGUUUGAGUACGAUCCCUCGGCAGCGACGAAAAACGCCAAGCGCGCGACCGCAGCGCACAGUGCGAGCGAACGUGGUGCUGACGGUUCUACUAGCGGUGGCGGAGGUGGCGCAAGCAGCGUCUUCACGUCGGAGAAUGAGGUCGACGAUCCAAGCUGGACCUUUGCCGCUGCCAAGCUCGCGUUUGAAACUUACCUGGCGGAGACGGCGGCGCAGUACAAUGUCUACAUCAAACGACCGGCAGCUUACGAAAUUCCUUACGACCUCUGCUACAGCAACUGCGGCGACGAGUUCGGGCGAAUGAGGCUCCGCAGCAUACGCUGCAGCGGUCAGACACCAGAGUUCAACGAUGCCAUUCAGAAGCGGGUCGAGCUAGCUCUGGACUGUCGACUGUACGUAGGGUUUACUCGUCAAACUGAAGAGCACAUGUGUGAAUGGGGCACAUGCAAGGUACAUGAUGAGGCCGGCGCCGGCAAUUAUGAUAUUAGUACCAUCCGAGACCGAGCGGACUGGAACUGGUCCUUUCUCGUUUUUUACACGCCCGGUUCGCGGAGACAGUGGCCCGUGCUCAACCAUCCUGGCGUUUUGAGUCGGCGGGAAUUAGAAGAGCUACAGAUUCAGCCUAACGGCGAAACGUCUGUGUCGAUCAAGUGCUCAUCUCAGGCCGUCGAAAUGUUAUCGCAAGGGUUUGAGAAGGAUUUGCGGGUUUCUUUGGUCGGUGGAAUCGGUCCCGAAAAUAUGGACGCCAUGACGUUCGAUCGGACUUAUGGCAGGGCGCUGAGGAAGUACACUCGGACUCGCUGUCGCGAUGGCCAACAUCCGCGUGGACCAGACAUGGGUUCAAAGAGGGCAGACAUCAAAGCUGACCUCCUUGAUGAAGCCGUCAUUUACGAGUUUGGUAGCGUUUUGGAACAGAGCAAGUUUAUUGCGUACGUCCGCGCGUGGGAGUCAGUGUCGUGGAAUAACGGCGGCGUCAAACCUGCCGCAGACGAGGAGGAAGAUCCAAUGGUUGAUCAGGAUGACGAUGCAUAUCUUGCACGCCUCGAGGUGAAUUUGUCCGCGCCUGGGCGUAGCUGGAGCGAAGAGCUUCGGCAGAAAGUUUCCUGUGAGUAUUUCCGUCGGUUUUUUUACGGAGACCCGCAGGAGUUGCGACAAAAGAUUCCCGAGGGGCCCCUGCGGGAAAAGUUCGACUUGCUAGAUAAGUACUUCAUGCGAACACAGAUCGUGGCGAAGCCCAAACAUGCCCACAACAAGCUACGGCCCCCCAGAAGCAUGGGUGAAAUCGUGUACGGAAAAAGCGGCCCCGGCGGCGCGGUGGGGCUGCGGUAUAUUCUCAACAGUGCGACAGACGGGACGGCGGACGACCAGAAGGAGCUUGGACUGGAUUCUGACGCAAAUGCGGAAAAGCUAACCGACCUGCUCUCCACGUCUACGGAAGAAGAGCAGAAACAUCCUACUGGUACGCCGGAUGAUGUUCUUGAUAGCAACAACUUCGAAGAUUAUGCAAGUGAGAACUACAACGAGGACGAUAGCGGUUCCGGGUUCAUGGACCACGACCAACAAGAGAAGGGUAUUGACGCGGAUGUACCCAAAGCUAGCAGCGAGUCGGGAGGUUCUGAAGAUCACCACACACAGACGAUCCAAGUGUUAGUCGUCAUGCCAGCUCUGGAAGGCCUGUGGGCGAGGUUAGAGACGGAGGAUCUGGAAGAGAAAAGUGCCAUUUUAGAGAGCGAAAAAGCACAAAGACGCACGAAGAUGAUCGGGGAGAACUAAAUUGGAACAUUUCAAGCGGCCUAAAAGACUUCUGCACUUUGAAGGAAAAGAAGCCAUGAUAUGCCUGUCGGAUGUAGUAAAAUGAAAACUCUGGUGCGCGUAGUAGUUCAUCUUCCGAGGAUAAUAAUUUCGCACAACAUGAAUAGAAUCGGACAAAUAACUCGUGUGCCAUCCCAUAAAUGAAGAU